AUGUUCCUGCUGAAGCUGCUGCUUCUGGCAGCCAUAGCCACCCAGGAGGGUCUUCUAUCGUGGCAACUGAUGACGAGCAAAAUGCUAGUAUUCCUGUUAGAUGCUGGGCUGCUCUCCAUCUUCCUCUACCUACAAGUCAGAUCCGCCAACAACACACACAUGUAUAUGAUUUACGUCUACAGUGUUGUGGCUAAAAUGACGGUAAUAUAUUACGUCUCACUUCCAAGGGCCCUCAUUAGCCACCAUGGGGAGGUAGAUCAAGGAGGGCCAUCCCCACGAUCAGCCCUGCCGUCUACCCUUUCGUCAGCCCUGUCGUCUACCCUGUUGUCCGCCCUACCGUUACCCAUACAACUGGACACCUACGCAGAGAGCAUCCACGUCAUCAGCUCUACCAUCCUCCUCUCCAUACUCGUCUACAUUCUGUUCUUUUUCGUCACCGACUUUGAUCUGCUCAAAGUUCGCUUCAUCAAUCUGGAGAUUUUUUUUUGUCUCCUCAUAAUAACCCACGUGUCUAUUGACUUUAUAGACAUAGCUGAUUUUUUCUAUUGUGCUCAUUUGCAUUUUUUCCUUUACCACUUCCGUGUGGUAGAGGAGUUAUCUCUUUUUACUAACCCUGACUUGUUUGUCCGUGCGUCCAUCAAUCGGAACAGUCUUAUCCAAUUUUAUUCCUUCUGCCUGCAUGUUUACCAAGGCGUCUUCAUCCUUUUUGGUGUGCUGCUCUGCGUGAAUAUUGCCAUACAUGCGUACUCACUGCCAAGCUUUUCCUACGAGAGUAAUAAAAGGUGGAAGCUGUCUGCUAAAGGGGGUGGACAUGUACCAAACCACCCCUCUAGUGGACCACAUUUGCUGCACAGCUACACCCAUGAUGCGACGCUGCGAAGGUGGAGCAGCAAUCGGAAGGUUCACAACGGGGGAGGAGGGAAAGACAAUUAUGCGAACCAUCUUCAUGGGACUGUUUUCAAAAAGAGUACCUCUUUAGACGGACCUCCCCAAUUGGAAGGGAAGCAUUCCAUUAGUAGGGCGUUAACGGGGGGAACUCCUCCGUUUUCCCUUCCUUCCCCCAGUUUGGCGUCCACUGAGUCCUUCCUCCCCAGGUCGAAGGUCGGGGGGGACGCCAUGUCCUGCCUCAAGUACAUCAGCAUAUACAGCUUCUUCUUCACCGACGUUUCUCUCUUCACGGCGCGUCUGUUUCUUUACCUGGUCUUCUCGGCCACCGCGUGUUCCCCUCUCUUCAUCAUUAAGAACCUCUGCUUUGCCAUCAUCCACGGGUCGCGCAUCUACCGAAAGUCCAAAUUUUACAACCGCCGCAGGGGGGGGAAGAAUCGCAGGGAAAGGUCAUCCCACGGGGGGAGCCACACCAACCAGGGGGACAUCUCCACCAAAGAGUGUGAAGUGAACCAUUCAGAGGAACGCCCGAAUCAGUGGACGCACAACCCAUCGGCCAGCCUGCAGUUCAAGGAAAGCCACGUGAACACAUACCUCCUAAGCAGGAGCUACAUGUCUAUCGACACAAUAAACAUAAACGUUUUUAAAAACGCUAACUACAACCGCAUUGACACACUACGUUACGAUAAAAUUAGACCAAAAUUCUAUUUUUACUAUUUAAAGUACAACGGGGUGAAGUUCAGAAGGUACAUGUCCUGUUAUGUGGACCAAAUAGAGAAGAACUCCAUGGGCUACUCCCUCAUCUUCCUCUUCUUCUUCCUACUCAUAGCAACAAAAAUUGGUAUCCUCGUCGUCACCUACACAAUGGACUUCGACCAGGACCUGAACCACCAUUUGUAUGAAUUGACUUACCUAUGGAAUAUCGACGCGAUCAAGUCCUGCUGGAUUCUCAGAAUAAAUUCCUUCAUCAUUUUUGCGUAUUCAUUUUUCUCCCUCCUUUUAUACGUAUUUACCUGUUCCCUGUUCGAUGGGAUUUUCAUGUCCCUGAUGUAUUUCUUUAAUCUGUUGUCUUUCUUUUUCGUCCUCCUCAUCAUGUCCAAAUAUAACCCCUCCUACGACAUGCUGGACUACUUUAAUAAGAACAAGAACACGCUGGUGGUUCUCAUCCUGUUUGGCUACCUGGCGUACCUCUUCCUGGCCGACACCUACAUGUUCAUCUACAUGCUGCUCGGGCGCAAGUACAUCACCUACCGAAGACGAGUAAAAACGCGCCCGCCAAACGAAGCGACCAAAACCGCAGGACACACCACCCAAACGGACGAAGAAGUCCUAACACCCAUCUCAGUGGUCUCCUCUUUUAUCCUCAAACUGAGUAAACACAUGAAGGGACCCAUUAUGCUUAACAGAAUUAUCAUCGGCAAAAAUUUAAUAAAAAAUACACGAGUGGAUAAUUUUUUAUUUUUUUGUCACCUAAAGGAAAUUGCCAUUAAGUUGGUUCUUUACUUUUUUUCGUGCUUUCUUGCACUCAGGGAGGACGCAAUAAAUAUUUCCUUCCUUAUGUUUAUUUUUUUUGUGAAUGUUCUUUUGUCUGUUUUGUAUUUAAUUCUUUCCAAGGUGGACCGGGACGUGGCUAUGGACAGCAUCUUCACGCAGGCGCUGUUUUUGGACCUCAGCAGGGCCUCCAGUACGGCGUCAACAAAUGGAGUGCAAAGCAGCAAAGCAGCAAAGCGACUGCAGCGAAACGAACGACAGGAUAAAGGGGCCGCCAUAUCCAAAAGUCAGAAAGAAAAAGACGCCAUCCACGAGGCGACAGUACACCCCAGCGUGUACGAAAAAUAUUCCUACGAUUAUACAGUCCUGUUUGAGAACUGUCUUAACUACUUUUGA